CCAAAAACGAGUCGUUGUCUCGAAAGAAUUCCCUAACCCAAUCGAAAUUCGAAAUGUUUAGACGCGAAAAAAGCUGCGAUAAAGACAAGAAAAGUGAUAAACAGCCUCUCGUUAAGCAAAAAUCGAUCGGACUAGACAGUGCUAAGACUGACAUUUUCAAAGCUCUUAGUUUUAAAGAAAAAUCUAAACAAACUGGUAGUUUAUUAGUGUCGAAAUCUGCGGACCAAAAAGUUGUUCGAAAGAGUGACAAAAAAGAUAGUGAUAAAAAUAUUAAAUCUAGUACUAGUUUUUGUCGAAGCAAGAUCAGCGGUUCAAGGAGUAACAAAGAUGGUUUGAAGCAAGACGACUUCCUGAAAGCGACUAUGAGGAUUUUUCUAGUCGUUUCUCCACCAGUGGGAAGAAUGCAGGAGCCUAUAAUUCUCCGAAGUGGAUUGCAAAUGAUAAGUUUAGCAUUACCGGAAAGGCCGGAAAUCGAAAACGUUUCCUGUAAAGUGAUAUAUUCCACGACCUAUGAACUCAGCAUGUGA